CUCGUCAAUGUGUAUCAUUAUACAUUCAUGUCUCCUGGACAUGGAUAUUUUACCGAAAUGUUCUAAACAUUGCUUAGUUUUAAAGUUCUUUUUCCCAUUAUCGAAAUUGAUCUCGAGGCAAACCAGACCACUUACUUACACAUUAAAACGACGCAUCAAUGCAGGUGAGACCAAUCUCACAAUGAAUAAUACACCAAGAAAGAAUGUGUCAAUAUCGGAUAAGAAGAAACUGAACGAAGCUUUGCCGCGUAUAAUUGAUCAAAUUAUUGCCCCUUUUCCAACACAGACAAGAGAUGCAAUGGAACACUACAAAAAGUCUGUCAUGUACAAUGUAUUGGGAGGUAAAAUGAAUCGUGCCAUGACUGUCCUGGCAACAUGGAGACUUCUUCGCGGGGACUCAACUCCAAAUGAUGAAGAACUUUUCUCUGUGAUUGUUUUAGCCUGGUGUAUUGAAUUGUUGCAAGCGUCUUUCCUCGUUGCUGAUGACGUCAUGGACCAAUCAACAACGCGCCGCGGGAAGCCGUGCUGGUACAAAAAGGAAGAUGUAGGUCUGAGUGCCAUCAACGACGCCUUCAUGUUGGAGUCUUCCGUCUAUAAGCUCGUCGAUUUGCAUUUUCGCGGCAAGAAAUGUUAUCCCGACAUAAUUUCUUUGUUCCAUGAAACGGUGUUUCAGACGGAGGUUGGUCAGACGCUCGAUAUGAUAACGAAACCCGGUGAUGCUUUUUGUAAUUUCACCAUUGACAGGUACAAGUCUAUAGUCACGUGGAAAACUGCUUAUUACUCGUUCUAUCUUCCUGUUGCUGCUGCUAUGUUUAUGGUUGGCAUUACUGAGGGGGAGAUUCACGAAAAAGCGAAAGAAAUUUUAAUGGAAAUGGGAGAAUUUUUUCAAAUUCAGGACGAUUAUCUCGACUGCUACGGAGACCCCGACGUUACUGGAAAAGUUGGAACGGACAUCGAAGACGAAAAAUGCUCUUGGCUUCUGGUACAAGCGUUACAGAAGGUCGAUGAGGAACAAUUGGGGAUAUUGAAGGUGAACUACGGUGUCAAUGAUCCCGCUGCAGUUGCGAAGGUGAAAGACAUAUACUCGAAGUUGGAUUUAAAAUCCGUAUAUCACAAGUACGAAGACGUUAGUUACGAUAAAUUAAUGAAAAUGAUCGAGAAAGCUCCUAGCGAUUUGCCAAAGGAAAUAUUUACAGAACUUGCCUCGAAAAUAUACAAGAGGAACAAAUAACGAAUUAAGAUGUAAUUACCAAGUGGGAAAUGGCGAACUUUUAUGUUUUCAGUUUGGGAUAACGUCAACUUCAAUUAGUUUUAUGUCUGUUUGAAACCAUUCAAACCUUCGCCAUGACACUAAUGAAUUGGGACUGCGCAGGUUACGCGCAAUUUGUCAAUCAGUAGGUGGUUGGAUAGAAAUUUCUUUCAAUCAAGAACCACGCCGGCCUGCAGAGUCAGUCCCACUAUGUAAACUUUUAAUUAGCCAUGUCAAUGAUGGCUACGUUGUUGCUUUCGAACGAUGUGUGGAGAAAUCAAUGAGAAUUUGCGAAUCAUGUACAUAAUUUAGCUUGUGUUUAGUGGUGAAACAAGGGGUCGGCUCUGUAGAUAUGAGUUAUUCUUCUUGUUUUCAGGACGACGUCAUUCUUUUGAAAGAAUGGUUUGAGUUGGAGUUAGAGUACGACUUAAAUGAUCAAUUUUAUUGACGUCUUCCUCAGGCAAUCCUUUUGAGACAUUGGCAGAUCCAGGGUUCGGUAAAAUUAUAAUCACAAAAGUUGUCCAUUCAUUUAGAUUUGAAAACGCACUACAAGGAGAUUAAGGUUUCACGUAAGGUUUCACUCUUUGAAAGUUCACAGCCAUUAAAUAGCAUUGUUAUCCUGAUAUUUUUGAAUACAAAAUUGGCUGCCCAAUUUUAUAUUUCGUAACCCUGGAUACGCCACUGUUCGCGAGAGACGGCUUUCGUUCGUACAACUCGGUUCGACGAACUGGGAGUUUUUAAGUAUUUUGAUUAAUGUAAAUAAACUUGAUACUCACUGGAAGUGAGAAAAGUUUA